GUGUUUGGGCCGACGUUAUGUGUCAGUAUUGGCCCUGGGCCAAAUAAAAGGUGAACUCCUGUCCCGAGACUAAAGACGCAAUGUCUUCCCAACCAUGUUUGUCUGUGAUGCACGCUAAAGCUCACUCAUGGCAUUGUCAGGUAUUAUGGGGUGGAAGGUGGCAGCCAAAUUCAGCAGCUGGAGCUGGGGAAGAAAUGGAGCAGCUCUUUAGCUAUCUCAGUCGUUUCAACUUAACAACAAAGUACAUGAAUGCAGCUGGCCGAGAAGAACAGCUAACAGAAGCAGCAAUGUUUUGGAAUGAUAGAAAGAUCAGUAGUCUUCCAAGCUACUUGAAGUGUCGCUUAAACAAGACUCGACGUGAUCUGGGUGAACUCAAAAAAGAAUUGCUUCUCCUUCAAGAUAAAGUUAGUAAGGAUCUGACCCCUGAAUAUUGCGAACAAUGCCGUCAAGAGGUGCAAGAAAUCGCAAGGAGAGAAUGUUCAGGUGGUGAUAUAAUUGAUUGCGAACAGCAAAGAGUUGACUACUUCCAACUGAAGAUGUCGAACGACACUGCAAUACAGUUGCAGCCACUGGUUAGAGAGAGGAUCUAAUUCAGCAAUGAGUAUUUUAACAGGCAAUGAACAGCUGUAUGCUGAGGCUGAAAAACUUUAAUUCUCUUUCAUGUGACUCUCACCACCAGCGACGGAUGUCUGAAUUAAAGAGUAUGAAUUAAAGAGUACGAUAGUGCAAUCAAAUGCCAUUUCUCCGGAUCAAGUUGAUACCGAGUGUGAACUAGCUGCAGCAAGAGCAGCCACAUGCAAGUUUAAGGAACGUAUAGAAUUAGGGUACUUAACAGCUCAAAGGAGGCAUGCCAACAUUCAAAAGCUGU